UUCCCAUAAUGCAACACCGCGGUGACCUGACAAAAGUGAUCCACUCGACGCGCCCUAUGUAUUACCCUCGCUGUUUCCGCUGACUGACGAGACUUCAAAUUUGUGCUUUGGGACUGUCAUCCAAGGCUACGCAUCUUCCAGGGGUCAGAAAUGGAGGCUUUUAAUUAUAAACUAAACACAUACAUAGACUCCUGGAUGGGUCCCAGAGAUGAGCGGGUUCAGGGAUGGCUGCUUCUGGACAACUACCCUCCAACCUUUGCACUAACAGUCAUGUACCUGCUGAUCGUAUGGAUGGGGCCCAAGUACAUGAGACACAGACAGCCGGUGUCUUGCCGGGGUCUCCUGUUGGUCUACAAUCUGGGCCUCACGAUCUUGUCCUUCUAUAUGUUCUAUGAGAUGGUGUCUGCUGUGUGGCACGGGGAUUAUAACUUCUACUGCCAAUACACACACAGUGCAGGAGAAACCGAUACCAAGAUCAUAAAUGUGCUGUGGUGGUACUACUUCUCCAAGCUCAUAGAGUUCAUGGACACCUUCUUCUUCAUCCUACGGAAGAACAACCAUCAGAUCACGUUUCUGCACAUCUACCACCAUGCUAGCAUGCUCAACAUCUGGUGGUUCGUCAUGAACUGGGUGCCCUGUGGUCACUCCUACUUUGGUGCCUCCCUGAACAGCUUCAUCCAUGUCCUGAUGUACUCUUACUAUGGGCUCUCUGCUGUCCCGGCCUUGCGGCCCUAUCUAUGGUGGAAGAAAUACAUCACACAAGGACAGCUGAUUCAGUUCUUUUUGACCAUGUCCCAGACGAUAUGUGCAGUCAUUUGGCCAUGUGGUUUCCCCAGAGGCUGGCUGUAUUUCCAGAUAUUCUAUGUCGUCACGCUUAUUGCCCUUUUCUCAAACUUCUACAUUCAGACUUACAAGAAACACCGUGUUUCACAAAAGAAGGAGUAUCAUCAGAAUGGCUCUGUUGCUUCAUUGAAUGGCCAUGCGAAUGGGGUGACACCCACGGAAACCAUUACACACAGGAAAGUGAGAGCGGACUGAAGCUUGAAUAAUGUUCCAGGCCUAACUGUAUGUCAUGUCGCUAGAAGAGAUGGGAUAAUACAUUUCUUCAUGAGGAUUACUAAUGAAGAAAUGUAUUAAAGAGUCUAGCUAGUUUAUUCACAAUAGACAAGACAUGUUUAUCUGAAAGAGAUUCCUAACAUUUUGCACACCGCAACCUGUUAUUAUUCAUAUUGAAUCAAAGUUAAUUAGAGUUACUUAACAAGCAUAGCAGAGGGAGUACAGUACAGCACAGUAGCCCCAGAGACCCACUUCCUCUUAAUGCUGCACAAGAUGUUCAACUUUGUCUGUCUUCAGUGUGGUGGGGACAAAGCUUUAAUCAACCUUGACCCAUACAGAAAUAAUAACUUAUUUCCCAUGUUUUAAUUCACAACAUAUUCACUUGUCUACAUGCUUGUCCAUGAGGGGAAGAAAAUCUAUUUUUGGGAUUCCGUUUUGUAAAAGGUACUUUAUCUGUUUUUUUCUGUCAAUAUAUUUGAUUUGAUCACGAGGUCAUACAAUCAUUGAUAAGUAUGCAGAAGAGCUGCUUCAAAAAAAUACAUAAACUGUACAAUAUCAACAUAAAUAAUUAGAUACUAACUGAUUUGUGUUCCAAAAUGGCUUAGCAUACAAGAAAGGAAAGAGAAAAAACAAACGUGUGGCAACAUUAGUAUCUAAAAUACCAGUAAUAGUGAUCUUUUAAUUUUUUACAUCAUGUGUCCAAAUCAUUCCCACCCUUCCCAAUGUUCCUCAAUGAUUUGAUUUUCUUUGUAUCCUCUUAUUGAGGUUCCCGUCAUGAUUAUAUACACACAAGUACAAAUGUAAACUCAGGUACAUUAUCAAUCAGACACCGGUUUCGGUUUCAACAAAAGAAAGAAAAGGUUGCCAUGUCUUAUAAAAUAAAGUUGUGGAUCCA